CCACCUUUGGCCACGAGCCCGACAGAGGACCGUCCGACGACCGACUGAAGCCAUGGGCAGCUCCAUUAGCUGGUGCACGAACCCAACGCAUGAUGAGUGCCUGGAGAAGGCGCCGUCGCCGCUGCUCCUGCGCAUGCACUCGUUCUCGUUCGAUGGCGACGCGCAUGGCCCACCACGGUCGCCGUCUCGCGCCGAGACACCUGGCGGUAAGCUACUGCGCGACUACUACAACCAUGUGGUCGAGACCGAAAGCAGCGGGUGGGUCCUCAUCACACGGCCCCCUAUUAGUCGCUACACCAUCACCGAUGAUUAGCACCGAUGACAGCGAUCACGUCGACGAGACGCAAGUGCCCACCGCGCUCCUGCCACUUAUUCAGCCCACGCUCUCCUCGCGUGAGCCCAAGCGGCUCACGAUCGACGCGACGCUUCAAAUGUACUCGACCAUCGACUUGCGUCCCUCGGUCGAGCCGCAGUGUCGAAAGGUGCGAGCUGCCUCCAUGGACGCCAUGCUCCGGAGUCCGCCACGCAGCCCCGUCGCCAAGCGGGUACCUCUACCACGUACUGCUAGGAACAGUCGACUA